AUGACGUUUUACUUUGCCUUUGCUUUUUUCUUCAUUUUGGCUUUUUCAUCAGAGGGCCAGGCAGAACUUGAUUACUCCCAGUCAUUUCCAGCAGGUGAGUUUGCUGUUUGUGAGCCGUGCUGGCUUGGUCGGGGCAAAUGCAGGAAGGCAUGCUUGGAGAAGGAGCAGAUUGCUGGGAGCUGCAAGCUGAACUACUUCUGCUGCCGGCCGAAGCGCUGA